UUUUUUUCGAUUUUUUUUUUGUUUGUAUUUUAGUUUUUUGGGGAGUUUUUAAUUCUUGUUACUAUCAACAACAAUUGAUUCAGAUCAAUUAGAAAUCACUUAGCCGAAUAACAAAUAUACAAUGGGUCAGAUACUUUCACACCCGGUGACCGAAAAACAUUCGGAAGAUGGUAAGGAUAAAUAUCUUGCUUAUGGAUUAUCAUGUAUGCAAGGAUGGAGAAUUAAUAUGGAAGACUCUCAUGCUACCAUUCUUGAUUUGUACAAUAUGAAGAAUGAUAGCGAUGACGAAGAGACCAAAGGAGAAAGUUCCAACGAAGAACAUAUAGCCUUUUUUGGGGUUUAUGAUGGACAUGGAGGAGAAAAAGCUGCUAUUUUCACUGGAGAUCGUUUACAUGACAUUAUUAAAUCAACUGAAGCUUUUAAUAAAAAAGAUUAUAUAAAUGCUUUGAAAGAAGGUUUUUUAAGUUGUGAUCAAGCUAUUCUACAAGAUUCUGAUAUGAAAGAAGAUGAUAGUGGUUGUGCUGCCACUUCUGCUAUUAUUACUCCUUCUCAAAUCAUUUGUGGUAAUGCGGGUGAUUCAAGAACGAUUAUGUCGAUAAAUGGUUUUGCUAAGGCAUUAUCUUAUGAUCAUAAACCUUCAAACGAAGGAGAAAAAGCUCGUAUUUCUUGUGCUGGCGGUUAUGUUGAUAUGGGAAGGGUUAAUGGGAAUUUAGCAUUAUCUCGUGGGAUUGGUGAUUUUGAAUUUAAAAAAAAUAUUGAUUUACCUGCUGAAGAACAAAUUGUCACUUGUUAUCCAGAUGUUAUACAACAUAAUAUUGAUUUUGAACGAGAUGAAUUUGUUGUUUUAGCUUGUGAUGGUAUUUGGGAUUGUUUAACUUCUCAAAAUUGUGUUGAAUGUGUUAGAAGAGGUAUUUAUGAAAAUAAAUCUUUAACUACCAUUUGUGAAGAAAUUAUGGAAUUAUGUUGCGCACCAACAAGCGAUGGUUCUGGUAUUGGUUGUGAUAAUAUGUCAAUUGCCAUUGUGGCUCUUUUAGAUUACUCUAAAAAUGAAACUUUAGAUGAUUGGUAUAAAAAAAUUAAUAAGAAAAUUGAAUCCCAAUUAGAACAAGAAAAAAAUAAUGAUGAUAAAAUUCACUAUGGUUCAAUUUCCGCUCCUUAUAAUGAAAUCUAUAAAGAAAUGUUUGGUAGUUUUUUCGAAAUUGGUCAACAAGGUGCAAAUAGUAAUCCUGAUCAUGGUUCUUCUUCAAAUAAUUAUUCUUCAAUGUUUGGCGGUAUACCCGGCUUACGUGGUAAUAAUUCUUCUCGCGGUAUGUCUUAUGAUGAUAAUGAAGAACCAACUUCUCAACUUGAUGAAAUUGAUGAAAAGGAUGCUGAUAAUGAUGAUCCUUCUUAUGGUGGUAAUGGUGCAAUUUCUUUACAAAAAUUAAUUGCCAGUAAUGCCAUCACUAAUGAAAAUGGAGUAAUUUACUUGGAUACUUCAUCUGCCCAAUCUUUAUUGGCUCAUUUCGGAAUGUCGGGUGUUGAUGAUGAUGCGGAUGAUGAAAAUCAUCAUAAACAUAUCGAAGAAGAAGUUGAUGACGAAGAUAAUGAUAAUGACGAUGAUCAUGGUAGUGAUAAUAGUCAAUCCGAUAAAAAUGAAGAUAAAAAUGAAGAUAAAAAAUAAUCUUAAUACCCUUUUGUAUUUUUUUUAUUAUUAUUAUUUAUUAUGUCAAUUUUAGAAAAUUUAACUUUUGGUUUCCUUAACUUCACCUUUUUCCCUUUUAUUGUUAUGAUGCUUACGCUUUCUCAAUUUCAAUUUUGUUCAUUUGUUUUCCCUAUUCUUUUAUUUGUUUUAAAACCUUUUACUUGAUGUUCAAUUGCAGAUUCUGUUCCAUCUUUCUAGAUUUCAUACUGCUCAUUUACUACUAAUCUACUCAUCUACCCAUAUACUCAUUCAGUUUCGUCUGUCUUUUUUUUGUUCAUUUUCUCCCCCUUGAUGAGUGCUCAUCUAUGAAACUACUACUUCUAUUCUCUUUUUCCUAUAUAUUAUUCUGUCUCGAAUAUAAUUGGAUCAUAUAUAAUAUCUUCUAUACAUUUUUUU